CCCGCCGCCAUGGCCGCGGGCUCGGCGGAGCCGGAGCCGUUCCGCCGGCGCUGGCGGGAGGAGCCGGCGGGGGGCGCGAAGCGGCGGCGGCGGGACGCGGCGGAGCGGCCGGAGCCCGAGAGCCGCCGCGGCGCCGCGGAGCCGGGCGAGCCGAGCUACCUGGCGCUGGCCCGCGACCUCCUGGACGGGGGCGCCCCGCCCGCCCCGGCCCGCCGCGGCCCGUCGCCCGCCCGCCCCGCCGAGGAGCCCGCGGGGAGCGACGACGGCGACGAUCUGCUGGGGCAGCUCAUCCGCGACCUGAAUGAAAUAAAUGAGGUUCCUUUCUUUGAUGUCCAGCUGCCUUAUGAACUGGCACUGAAGAUAUUUCAGUACCUGGGCAAGGCUGAAUUGGGAAGGUGUGCUCAGGUGAGCAGAACAUGGAAGAUCCUUGCAGAAGAUGAAGUGUUGUGGUACAGGUUGUGCCAACAGGAAGGAUACCUGUUAGACACGAGCAUCUCUGAUCACUCCUGCUGGAAAGUGGCCCUCAGGAGCUGCCGGGCCCGGGAGCGCACCUUGAAAACCAACUGGAAGAACCGCAUCGGUGCUGUGAGCCAGCUGGAAUAUGAGCUGGGAAAAAUCCUUUGUGAUGUCCAUUCCUGCGAGGGAGUUGUUAUUGCUGGAUACACAUCAGGAGAAGUGAGGUUGUGGGACACUCGCACCUGGGACUACACAGCCCCCAUCUUGGAACCGAUGCACGGUCCUGGUGAUGCGGGACCUCAGCCACAUGUCUCCUUUGUGAGGAUAAACAGCUCUCUGGCUGUAGCAGCUUAUGAGGAUGGGACUGUUAGUGUUUGGAACCUGAUGUUCGGGCGGGAGCCAAUCCAUCAUUACCAGCACAACCAGAGGAUACAGGCUUUAGCUCUUGCUUCAGAGGGGGCAACAGUAGCAACAGCAUCUGGCUUCGAGGUCAAAGUGGAAAGCUCUGAUGACAGGGGAUUCUGGCAAACUACACAAACAUUUGAAAUCCAGAAAUUGGUCAACUUCCUUCACCUGGUUCCAGAUGUUACAGGGUGUCCAGUGACAGUGGCAGCUGCAGAAGAUGUUGUCUAUCUCCUGAAAGCAGAAGCUCCUGGCAAAAUCCUCCAUUCUGUCUAUGGUCAGCCUGUCACGUGUCUCGAUGUGUCUGCUCAUGAAGCAGCCUUUGGGGUCAGAAACUUUGGCUGGCUGUUGAAUGAACCCAACCAGAUUCUUCUUUACAACCUGGAAACAAGUCAGUGCCUGAAGAAGAUGGGCAACUCGAUAGGUGACUUCACAUGUGUCAACCUCCGAAGCAGUCCUGCAAACAUGCUCGUUACAGGCAAUAAAGACAGAAGGAUCAGGGUGUUCGAUCUCCGCAAGAGCGAAGCUUUGUGCUCCCUCUAUGCUCACCAGUUAGGAGUGUCUGCAGUCCAGAUGGAUGACUGGAAGAUCGUCAGUGGAGGAGAAGAGGGCUUGGUCUGUGUGUGGGACCAAAGGAUGGGCACCAAGCUCUGGGAGAUGCAUGCCAGGCAUCCAGUUCGCCACGUGUGGUUUAACUCUCACAGUCUCAUCACUGCAAACGUCCCUGACGAGAGAAGCCCCCGAGGGAGCAGCGUCCUGGCCGAGGAGCUGAGCGCCUGCCGCAAGUAUCGAGGAAUCAUCUAUGCCUACGAGUUCUCAGUGGACCAGUUGGCUGUGGAGAGCGUCCUUCCCAUCUGCCGCUCCUCCUACGACGAGGUCACUGGUUACAACUACAACAUUGGCCUUGCAGUUCCCUAUGAUAAUGUUUAGGUAACUCCCUUUACUUGGCCAGCCCUCUGGCCAGAGGCAAAAAGGAGAUCCACGUGGGACAAGCACCAAGGAGAUGGUGUUGGCUGCGUGAUGGCCCGUCAAAUGAGCUGAGCAGCAGCCAACAGCUUGGGGCUGUGAACCAGAACACAGUGUGGCUGCCCUCAAGCACAUCACUGCAGAUGUUCAAAGGUCCACUCUGGUGGAAAGGAGAGACUGAAGGGGAACCAUGCACUUGAGUGUAAACACAGAUGUUCCUAAGGGCUGCUGAUCCCAGCUGGACAGAGGGACAUGGGCAGGAAGCGAGAGCCCCGAGUGGUGGAAGGCUGGGAACACCUAGAGGAGUUGAUGCCUGUCCUGAGAGGGGGGCAAAAAUACCAAGGACUUGCAAGAACCACCUUCCUGAGCACGUUUGACAUCCCUUUCCUUGUAAUGAGCUGCUUGUUCUCCUUGGAGUGCAUCAGGACGUGUGCAGGACAGGACCAGGCACGAAAGGUUCUGGUGGUUGGGAGAGGGGAGUGUGGUGGAGAGAGGGAGGGGAGGGCUGGCCUUGGCCAGGCUGGAUGCUUGGCCACAUGCAUCACAGUGAUUUUAAAGUAAAUUAUUUUUUUAAAAGCUCUCCAAUUCUGAAUUAAAUGCUUUCACACUG